GGAGAAAGACAGGAGGUGACGACGGAAGUGGAAAGUUGAUAUAAAAAAAUAUAAAAACUAAUCGACAAAUAAAGAGCAAAAACGGGAAAGAAAAACCUUUGUCAGUUGUGUCUGGACAGAGUGUACUUGUGUCAACCUAUUUACUUUUAAAGCAAGGAUAAUGAUGGAAAUAAGGUUGUUGUCGAAGCCUAGCAUGACCAACACAAGUGACCCCUGACUGACGGAGAGUCAAAUGGGAUUUGCUAGUUGAUUAAAUUUAUUAAUUAACUUUUAGGUCCGAAGUUUCGCUGGUUGGGUCACAUUUCAAGCUAUAUACACUCAACUGUUCCUCCCUUUUCUGUCUCUCACCAAGCUAACCUGUGACUAGAUUUCAUAUAUUCAUAAUCUUGAGCUGAGUUACUGAACAACUUUCUUCCUUCCAGUUACAAAUUAUAAGAAGACAUUCUUCGUUUGAGUUCUGCGGCGGCGAUUCUUUUUACCCUUUUUCUGAAUACUUUGUUCACCACUUUGUGAAUAUGAAGACACUACAAGUGAGAGAUAAAAGCUGUCCAAACCGGUUCUGAAUUUUGUAAGCGUGCACGGAUAACUUGAACUUUGCAAAAAGAUUUUGAUGAUUUCUAAAUUGUGAAUUGAAAAAAAUCAUGGAAGGAAGCGUGUUGCCUAAUUCACUGCUGCUGAAGUCUCAUGAAGCCGGUGGUGACGUGGUCGAUAUGGACACUUAUUGGAAAGAGUUCCAAGAUAUACGACAAAGCAAGGAAUCAAUCGGUACAGAAGACAGCGAAGAUGACUUAUCCAAGACACCUGAUGAAGGAGAAAUAGAAGCAGAACAGUUAACCAAAAUCGGACUUGGACCUAUGAUAUCUCAUUUUACUGCCGCUACAAGUUCAGAAACGGUUGAUUUAAAACACGAUGAAGAAGCUGAACUUGUGCUUUCCUCCCUUACCAUACAACAGAGAGACACUGUCCAGCGAUGGGUUGACACACUGAGUAGAAAAAAAGCUGCAAAAACACACGUAAAAUACAUUUUCCCUAAUAGUAUGCCCCCAGGUCAAUCUCCCCCAAGUAGUCCUACUGACCAACCUGGAGGUCUUCAUGGUUUUGCUACGGGGAAUCGCAACAAUAAUUCAGUCCUAGAUUCAUCGAAGCAGCGCCCUGAUAACCGACACCGUUAUUUCCACAGGAAAUACGUUUAUUCCAUGGAUGGAAACCCAGAUGAUUUCGAAAUUGCAAAUGGUGCAGCUACAGGAAUUGAGAUGUUGAGCAUCAAUCCAAAACAAACGUGGAAUAAAUGGGCAGGGAAUCACGUCAUUGGUAAAGUCAAUUCUUUGGCCUUUAUUCCAGAGCAUGAUAACAUUUGGUUUAUGGAAGACAAAUCUUCAACACAAGCUUUGGAUCCUGAUUCGGAAGUUAAGUUAACCAACUUUAUACUAGAGAAUCGUGAUGAAGGUCAUACCACUCUGAGUGACCUCAGCUCUGGUGAUCUUUCAAGAUUGCAAUGUCUAGCUGUCAUCGAAUUGUCCAUGUUGUUUGAACAUUAUGGCAUCCAGGAUUGUCAGAGAAAAGGGAAAAAAACAACACGAGCUGGAAAUAAACAGACCCAUCAUAAAAAACCCAUCACGCAAAGUGGGGAAAAGCGUACAAUUGACCUCAUUGCUGUACACCCAGCAACAAUGCUGUCACCUUGUCCAGAAAUACCAGAUCAUGGAGUGUUUGGUGUUGCUUUGCAAACACAGUUGGAAAAUGACCAGAAGCGAUAUCCACACUUAACAGUGCCUCUAUUCUUCCAGCAGUUGAUAGAUUUUCUAACAAUCUAUGGUGUCCAUGUUGAAGGAAUCCUUAGAAUACCAGGAGCUACCAGCAGAAUUAAGAUUCUUCGGAAUGACUUGGAAGAACAGUUCUAUCAAGGCAGAUUUGACUGGAGGAAUAUGUUACCAAAUGAUGCUUCUGCUCUCCUGAAACAGUUUCUUCGAGAUUUACCAGAUCCUCUCCUCACAAACAAAUACCGGGAAUCUUUUGUUAAUGUACAAUUCAUCCCUAACCUUCGGGAUCAACUGAAAGCAUUGAAUCUCCUGCUCAUGGUUUUACCUGAUGCUCACAGAAACUCACUUAUGAUUUUAUUAAGAUUCCUGAAGAAAGUCAUCUAUUACCAAAAUGAAAACAAAAUGACUUUGUCAAAUGUUGCAAUGAUUAUGGCACCAAAUCUCUUCCUCUCUUCAUCAUCAAAAAAAUUAAAGAAUUUCAAAGACUGGGAAAUUUCUAUAGCUGUGCCUGCCUACAUUAUCAAAUUGAUGGUCAAUUAUAUUGAUAUUUUAUGGACAAUCCCUCCAUCAAUGAUCCAGCAAUUGAGACGCCGCUAUGAAUUGGAAAUAACCAGAAAAUCUUGGAAAUUAAAAAUUCCUGGCAAGAAAGAACCAGUGAAAAAAACUCAUUUGUUUGAGUCACCUGACCAAUUAGAUAUGAUUGACAUUCAAGUGCCUCAUUUAUCAAAAUCAACAAGAAUACAACUCUUUGAUGCUUUGACUGUGGAAGAUAUUCUAUUCCAUGUGCAGAAAAUGGAACAUCAUUUUAAUGAGAACAAAAGUGAUUCUUACCAAAAAUGGCAAAACCAGCCUCACCACAGUCAUCAUCAUCAUUAUCACCAUCAGCAACAGCAGCUACCUCAACUUUACCUUUAUGAAGUUGGCGGUAACAUUGGAGAGCGAUGCCUUAAAUCUAAUGCCUUAGUAACAGCAAUACACCGAAUAAACCCUGGUGCCGAAUGGGUGAUAAAAAAAAGAUGAAUUGGCAGCAAAUUCCCAACUGCAAAUGACCAAUUUCCAUAAAAACACCAAAUUCCGAAUUUUGUGUUUAACUAAAUUAUUUUGUAUGGGCCACUGUUUAAGUCGAUAUAUAACAAGUGUACAAGUGUCUGAAUACGUUUUGUGUGUGCAUGCCUGCAUAUACGGAUGUCUGUAUGCAUAAGUGUGUUUCUGUGCAUGUGUGUAUAAUUCAUACACUCUCUCUCAGAAAGAGAGUGACGGGUGAAUGGACAGAUAUACAUAGAUACACACAAACACACACACACACACCAUGACAUAGAUGUCAAUAUAUAUAUAUACACACACAUAUAUAUAUAUGUAUUACUCUUUUGUGUUUGUACACAUACAUAUGAAAACAUGUAUUUAUAUAUAUGUAUAUCUACAUACACAUAUAAAAGACAGUAUACACCCACAUCACAUAUAUACAUGUAUGUACACAUAAAUAUAUAUAUAUAUAUAUAUAUAUAUGAGCAUUUGUAAAUAUGUAUAUAUGUGUGGAGGGUAUGUGUGUGGUUGUGUGUAUAUAUGUAUAUGUGUGUAUGUAUAUAUAUUAUAUAUAUAUGCAUAUGUAUGUAUGAUAUUUACUGGUAUUGUAUGUAGCAUGGCAAUGAAGUUUCUAUGUACAUAGACCAUAAAUUUGACAACUUAAAUUUUCAACUCAAAAUAUUUCAAUUAAAUGAAAGCAUGCUAGCAAAAAUACAUUUCCUCAUAUCACAUAUUUUCUUUUUUUUUUCUGUAGCCCAUAAAAACUCUAAUGCAAAUAAUAUUUUAAUUAACUAAAUAAAAGAAAUGAAUUCUAGUAAAUAAAAAAUGGAAGUCACAUGACUGAAUAAUAAAAAAAUUUAGAAAGUCUGAAUGUGUGAAUUCAUGUGUGUGUAUGUGCAUGCACCUGUGUGUAUUUCUGUGUGUGUAUAGACACACACGCAUAUAUAUAUAUAUAUAUAGAUUUAUUUAUAUAUAUAAAUAUUAGUGUGUAUGCGCGCGCACACAUGCACACACACAUACGAGCAUAUACAGGGAAAGAAAUCGGGUAUGCCAGCUGGCAUUGGCCCCCAACUUUGAAGGGGCCUUCUCCCACCAGUCAAAGACCCAGGGAAACACUUUGGUAAAGAAUUACUGUUUUUCUAAAUCAUUUAAUUCUCUUAUUCUGUCAUGUGACUUGUAUCCAUCAAGUAUACUACAUGUGCAUGUAUCCUUCUAGUAGUUGUGUGUAUAUAUACAAACACAUACAUACAUACAUUUUAUGCACAUAUGCAUGUAUAUAUAUAUAUAUAUAUAUAUAUACAUGCAUGCAUAAAAUGUAUGUGUGUGUAUAUAUAUAUAUAUAUAUACACACACACACACACGUACAAAUGCUAGCAGGCUGCAUGUACAUAUAGUUUAUAUGUAUAUAUUUAUUUAGAUACAAUGCAUGUUUAUAUAGAUGUAUAUGUCAUAUACAUACAAACACAUGUGUGUGUGUGUGUGUGUGCAUAUAUACACACACACAUGAUUUGAUAUUAGUUUGACUCGGUUCCUUAUAACAUAAAAGUUUGUAGUCUCAGACAAUGAACCCAUCUCAUGAGGCAUCUGAGGGAGAGUUUGGAGAAAACUCUUCAAAUGUCUGAUGAAAUGUGUUUGUCUUAAUAAGUUGAUGAAACUUUAAGUCGUACAGGGCUGAUUAAAACUGUUUUAAACAAUAAUACAUGUAACUCCUACCAAAUGUGUCGAGUGCCACUUUCUUUUGUUUGUCCACUCAUGUGUGUACACACACACACACACAAACUGAAUGGGAAAACAAAAAUCAUUGAAAAUGUUCUGCUUUUUGUUUCAUUUUUUUUUUUUUUUUAAUUUGUGAAUGGUACUUUCAAAAGUAUUUCAUGGAAUGUAAAUAUUAGAUGAAUGCUUUCACUCUAUUUUUCAAUAAAGAUUUGCUCAAACCGUUACUGAACAUAAUAUCAUCUUUCAUUAGAACUUUAUUCAACCUGAAGAAGAUAUUAAAACAAAAGAUUUCACACUA